AUGGGCUAUCCUCCCAAGAAAUCUCUCAACAUCGAGGCUGCUCCCUUUGUGCCCCAGGGUAUUACCGUCUUCAACGACUCUGCCAUCGGAGAGUCUGGCUCCCUCCUCUCCAGUCCAUCACCCAAUUCUGCUAGCGAUCGUGCUCCACCUGGCCUUGACGCUGCUCUCCCUCCGCACGGGAACUUUGCUUCCCCUCUUCCAUCUCAAGAAGCUCGCGUAUCUGACUGGCGCGCUAGAGGUCCUCAAAUGACUGGGUCCCCAAACGUAACACCCUCUGAGUCUCGCUUCAAGGUCUAUACACCGCGAAAUGGCGUCUUUUCACCUGGGGCGUAUGUGCAUGAAAAGGCAAUUGUCGACGACAGAAGUGACUCUGAAGAUACCCUCGCGGCGGAAGUCUCUGGUCCGGACACAAAAGCUUCAGACGAGACUCGUGAUGCCCAUAAUGGUCAUAACUAUAUCCCUCCUGCGCGUCGUGACGGUACAGACACUGGGAAAUGCCCAACAACCGAGAAAUACAUCCCACCCGCCAAGCGUGUCGACCCAGUCCUAGAAUCCUACAAAUCACAGAGAGCCGCAAACUGUCAGCACGAUUGGAUGCGUGGAGCUAGGUACGAGAAAUUCGAAGGUUCAGAGUGUUGGGGUUGCUCGAAGCGUUGGCCUUGGCUCUACAAGUGUAAGAGCUGCCCCAGGGAGUUGUGUCAUGAAUGUCGCUACAAGGAGCGUUUUGGCACUGUCACGUACCCUCUUGUCGAAAGCGGUGAAGGAAAAGGCUUAUGA